CAAAUCCCAACUCUCUCUUUUAACGAGUCUCUCUCACACUCUUCACCCUCUGUUAGCUUGGCUCCCCCAACAAUGGCUGACCGUAACUCUAAUCAGCAGAGAUCACCCACACCCAACUCAAUUACAUCUUCAUUUCUCCGCAAACUACACUUGCACUCGCCGAAUUCGGCCCAAGUCGUGGGUAUCUUGACUUUUAUCAUCUCCGGAGCUGUUCUCCUCCUCCUAACUGGACUCACUGUCACUGCGUUGGUUCUCGGUCUCAUCUUCUUUGCUCCGUUAAUCAUCUUUACGAGCCCGAUUUGGGUUCCGCUGGGUACAAUCCUCUUCGUUGUUAUUGCUGGGUUUUUGUCGGUUUGCGGGUUCGGGGUUGCUGUUGUGGUCGGGUUGUCUUGGCUGUACCGUUACUUUAAGGGGAUGCACCCGCCGGGUUCGGAUCGGGUUGACCAUGCGCGCAGCCGGAUUUAUAACACGGCGAGCCAUGUGAAGGACUAUGCGAGGGAGUACGGUGGGUACUUGCAGAGUAAAGUCAAGGAUGCAGCUCCCGGAGCUUGAGAUUGAUGCGUGGGCAUCUGUUAGCGGAGCGGGUCAUGGUGCGACCCGUUUUUUACUUGUUGAAAUUUAUGGGUUCUUUUGUUUGUUAUUAGGAAAACUGUCUUGCUUUGUAUUAAUAGAAUAAAUAUUUUUUCGUAUUAUUUUUA